AUGCAUUUUGAUGACAAAAUCGAUGAAGAAACAGGAACACCAGAAAUGAUAGUGGACUAUAAUAAGACGAAAGGAGGAGUGGACUUGGUUGAUAAGCUAAGUGCAACAUUCAAGUGUGCGAGGCCAACAAGGCGUUGGUCCAUGGUGGUUUUUUACAGUAUGAUGAACAUCUCUGGUAUCAAUUCUUUCAUAAUUUAUACUGCAAAUAACCCAGAUAAGAAAACAGUGCCCAAAUACUUUUUACUUCGGCUUGAGUUGGAUUCAGUCUCUGAUCAACUGAAACUACGUGCUGCGUCAGAUUACAUACCUAGAACUCUGAGAGGCCGCAUUUCGGAAGUAUGUGGUCUCAGUCAAGAGCCAACUCAAGAUGAGGAAAGAGUCCAAGUAACCGGCCGUUGU